AUGUCUACAGCGAUUGGCGGCUUGGACGACACGGGCUGGACCUCCUUGACGAUCAACAUGUCGGCGAUGACCUCGUCAGGUAAGACGCAGGAGAUCAUCGAGAGCAAGAUCGAGAAGAGGAUCAAGAACAAGUUUGGCCCGGCGGGCAACAAGCGCAUGCUCAUGUUCGUCGACGACCUCAACAUGCCGAGGAAGGACCUCUUCGGGUCGCAGCCUCCCUUGGAGCUGCUGCGACAAUGGAUUGACUACGGCUGCUGGUAUGACCGCCAGAAGCAGACCUUGAGGUACGUGGAGGGCAUCCACAUGGUUGCAGCCAUGGGACCCCCCGGAGGUGGUCGCGCCGUGAUUUCCUCACGCCUGCAGAGCGCCGCGAACAACCUCUGCUUCGUCAAUCCCGCAGACAGCCAGAUCAAGCGGAUUUUUAUGACCCUGGCCAGCAACAAGCUCAACGACUUCCGCAACGAGGAUAUCAAGAGCCUCGCGGAGCCCUUGACGCUGACCACCAUCAGCAUCUACGCGCAGAUCAGCGAGGGAUUCCUGCCUACACCGGAGAAGUGCCAUUACCUCUUCAACCUCCGAGACAUCGCCAAGAUUUUCCAGGGCGUGUAUCUUGCGGACCCCAAGGUCCAUGAGGAGAAAGAGCAGAUCGUGCGUUUGUGGUACCACGAGUGCUGCCGAGUCUUCAUGGACCGCCUCAUCAACCACGAGGAGACCGCGAGAAGCUGCGGGCGCUGCUGGAUGGGGCCAUGGACAACGGCCUGCAGAUCCGCUCCAAAGAGAUCGACGGGGGAGAUCCCGACUUUGUCUUUGCGUCGCUGGAUCUGA